AUGCUGCUUGCACUCGUCCUCGGUCUCUUGUUCUGCCAGGGUAUCGCCGCGCUCGAUCGUCCAGCGGGCGUUCCGGCUGGCAAGCACUGCGUUUUGUCGUCGACGCUUCUGAACGGCAGGCAAGACAGCUUUCCCUUUACAUUGCACUACGACGUGCAGAAGGGUCAAUAUGACCAGCUCGUCAUUGGCGCAAAGCCAUUCUUCUGCCUGUGCGAUGUCGUGAGAACCGAAAGCGGCUUUGUAUACAACACCGCAAAGUUUGCUGUCGUCCAAGGCGACACGAGCAUCCAUUUUGAUUUCCAGUACACCCUGGAGAGUCUGACCUACCAUCUCGAACCCUCGAAAAUCAACGGAAUUGGUCUCAAGACAUGGACGCUUACGUGCGGCGCUCGCAAAAUGAAGAUCAGCUUUGCCGCCGCCCUGCUCGGAAUCGCAUCGUUUGUACACGCUUCGGCACAUGAACUGAAUGGCGCGAUACUGCCAGUCGGUGACCAUACCUGCGAGCUCAAGACCAAAACGUUCCACGAUACGGCACCUACCGUGACUUUCAAGCUGGUCGCAGCUUACAACGCCAAGGCCAAGGCGUAUCAGUACACCCAGAUCCAAUACAAUGGCAAGAUGUACAAGUGUGUGACAACGCCUAAAACCGAAUGGGAUCCUGUUCUGUACACCUCAAACUGCCCUGUCCUCGCUGGCAAGACUUAUAUCCCCAUCACGCUCGGCUACACAGCCGACGAGCUCGUCUAUUCCCUCGGAAUGACUUCCAUCGAAGGCCAGGGACUCAAAUCUUCGAGUCUCGUGUGCGAUGGCGUCUCCAUCCUCCUGCGCUGA